GUUAGAAAAAUGCACCAUAGAAAGCAACAUUAUUUAUUUUAAAAAAUUCAUCGAGCGCGAAUGAUCUUUUUCAUAAUGCAACAGUUUUAGAUAUUUUCUCGGGCCUGGUUUUAGAUAUUUCCUUUCAUUAGUCACAACCGUUCAUGGACGAAAUACAAAAACUUUUCUCGAGGUUGUUGGAACGUGCCAGAGAGAGGAGAGAGAGAGAGUUAAGCGUAAACUAAAAGAAUAGCAGUCUCCAUCAACCUAGUGAAUAAGAAAGUACAACACCGUAAUUUAAACUAAUUUCGAGAUGAAUGUGGCGUUGAUACUACAGGUUUUUGUUGUAUUAUUUCUCUCAGAGUUCAUGAUAAUAAAUGUGGGUGCGAUUUUUUUCUCAUCCUUAUUAUCACUGCCGAUCUUUCCAUCAACAACAACUAAACAAAAGCCACAUAUCAUCAUUAUUCUUGCUGAUGAUAUGGGAUGGAACGAUGUAAGCUUUCACGGAUCGGAUCAAAUCCCUACACCGAACAUCGACGCCCUUGCAUACAAUGGCAUUAUCUUAAAUAAUCAUUACGUUCCCGCAUUGUGCACGCCAAGCAGAUCCUCUUUAAUGACUGGAAAAAAUCCGAUUCAUCUGGGUAUGCAACACUCUGUUCUCUACCCAGCCGAACCACGAGGGCUUCCUCUAAGCGAAAAACUAUUACCCGAGUACUUGAAAGAAAUAGGCUAUAGAACACAUGCUGUGGGAAAGUGGCAUCUAGGAUAUUUCAGAAAAGAAUACACGCCAACGUAUCGUGGAUUUGAAUCACAUUUUGGUUAUUGGAACGGUCUUCAGGAUUAUUACACGCAUAUUACACAGGAACUAGACCCGCAAUAUAGCGAGUAUAAAGGCUUUGACAUGAGACGGAAUCUUACAGUAGCAUGGGACACCGCAGGAAAAUAUGCUACAGAUAUAUUUACAAAUGAAGCUGUACGGCUAAUCAACGAUCAUGAUACUAGUCGUCCAAUGUUUUUAUACCUAGCUCAUCUAGCGCCGCAUAAAGGAAAUGAAGAUCAACUAUUGCGAGCACCAGACGAAGAGAUCGCUAAAUUUUCAUAUAUUCUCAAUCUGGAAAGAAGGAUUCAAGCAGGCAAGUAUUAUCUUUUUGCUCAAAAAAUUAUCUGUUUUAUUCUGCUUUGAUAUUUAACAUGUCAA